AUGGAAGUUACUACUAUUACAGAUGAAAUUGCAGGUACUGUGGAAAUAAACACUGAGAGGCUGCGUGAACUCAAAGAAUUUGAUGACACAAAAGCUGGUGUUAAAGGCCUUGUUGAUCAAGGGAUCACAAAGAUCCCAAGAUUGUUUCAUCAUCCACCUGAUGAACAUGCGGAGUUCUCGAAUUCGGGCAGCACAGCACAGAUUAUUCCUGUUAUAGACCUUGCAGAAGUUGGGCAGGAUGCAAGUUCACGCCUAGAAGUUAUUGGCAGAAUAAGAGAAGCAUCUGAGAAAUGGGGUUUCUUUCAAGUGGUCAACCAUGGCAUCCCUGUGACUGUUCUAGAGUACUUGAAAGAUGGGGUACGCAGGUUCUAUGAACAAGAUAUUGAGCUGAAAAAACAUCUAUAUACCCGGGAGCAGAUGAGACCUUUUGUUUAUAAUAGCAAUUUUGACUUGUACAUUUCACCAGCACUCAAUUGGAGGGACACUUUUAUGUGUUAUCUGGCUCCUAAUCCUCCCAAACCUGAAGACUUGCCAGUAGUAUGCAGGGAUAUACUGCUGGAAUAUGGGGCAUAUAUGAUGAAACUUGGAAUUACACUAUUUGAAUUACUAUCUGAAGCUCUAGGGCUGCAUCCAGACCAUUUGAAAGACUUGGGUUGUGCUGAGGGGAUUAUUUCACUCGGCCAUUACUACCCUGCUUGCCCUGAACCAGAAUUAACUUUGGGAACCACCAAGCAUUCUGAUAACAGUUUCCUCACAUUGGUUCUCCAGGAUCAUAUUGGUGGUCUUCAAGUUCUUUACAAGAACUCAUGGAUUGACAUAGCCCCAGAACCUGGGGCUCUUGUAGUUAACAUUGGUGAUCUUCUACAGCUUAUAACAAAUGACAGAUUCAAGAGUGUAGAACAUAGAGUAGUGGCAAAUCUCAUAGGUCCAAGGAUAUCUGUUGCAUGCUUUUUCAGCGAAAUUCUUAACCCAACACCGAAACUCUAUGGACCUAUAAAAGAGUUAUUAUCAGAAGACAAUCCUCCCAAAUACAGAGAAACCACAGUUAAGGAAUAUGCCCAAUACUAUAAAGCAAAAGGCCUUGAUGGGACCUCUGCUCUUGAUCACUUCAAGAUUUGA